CAAAUGAAAUCCAAAGCUUUGACACGUGGCAAAUUCUGGUAGGUUCCUCUGUCGUGGUGUCUGGUACCGACCCGAGUCUCUGCAAGCAAGCAAGCAUCUUCAGUUUCUUUCUUUCGUGAUUCUCUCAAAGCGAACAAGAAAAUCUACAAGAGGAAUGAAUAAGAUUUUCCUUCGGUAUCACCGUUUCUUCGUGUUCUUGCUUCUUACAAGGGUUUCUUUAACCGCAUCACUCCCACACACUCAUAAUGGUCAUGUAGAUUCAGAUACUGCAAGAAUUCUGAAUCAGGAGCAUGGUGAUGUUCAUCGAAUACAUUGCUCUAGAGAAAGAAGUAGAAUAGCUUGGAAGAUCAUUCAAGAGUAUUUGACGCCAGUUGUGGAGAAAGAAAAAUAUAAUAUCUCAAGAACGUGCAGGCUUCACCCUGAAAAUGAUAUAUACAGAGAUCAGGAACAUCAUAAAUCUCAUAUAGAUAUAUAUGAGUGGCAGUGUGGAUACUGUAAGAAAACUUUUUACGAAGAGAAACAUCUUGAUCAGCAUUUUGACAACAGACACUCCAAUUUACUUAAUUUGAAUGAAAGCCAGUGCUUAGCAGAUGUAUGUGGAGCAUUGCACUGUGACCAUGACAUCAAUUCCGGGUCAAAAAAAUCAAAGUGCAAUCCUGCUGCUGCAGCAAGAAAUAAACAUCUAUGUGAGACCUUAGCAGAUAGUUGUUUUCCGGUUAACACGGGCCCUGCGGCAAGCCGGCUUCACGAAUUCUUCUUGCAUCAAUUCUGUGAUGCACACAGCUGCGCUGGAAGUGGGAAGCCUUUCUCCAGAGGGCGCAGGAAAAAGAAAAACGGGUUCUACAUUGCUGCCUCCGUUUUUCUUGUGACGCUGCUGUUAUUUUACUAUCUAUACAUUUAUUUAUAUCGGAGAGGAUUGAAAAGAGAAACUCAAAUGCUGAAACGAAUCUCACAAGCUGGACGAAAAAAGAAGCCAUCUUAAUCAGUAGAUCUUUCCCUCUAGAGCGCCUAACCUGAUUUUUCAGGAAGUGAAGGUAUAACUAAUGGAUUCAGCUCGAACUGUACUGCAUUUGAAUUCCUUUAUGCUAUUUGGAAGUUACAGUUGGAGGAAGAAAGUGGUCGCCAGCUUCAAAUUCUCGUCUAUUUGUUCUGCUAGUUGUAAGCCGAAUUGCAAUUCCAAACCCAAACGGAGGCUUAGAUGACAUUACUAACAAAUGAAAUAUCGGUAACCUUUACAUUGUAUUUCCUAAAUUUGAUUAGAAAAUCAUUUGUGAACACUUUCAUAUACCUGUAUGUUUUCAUCACACCUUCAGUGAUUUGCUUUAAGUAA